CAGCAGAGGCGCUCGAGCUGAGCGUAAUCAGGCCGCUCGGACCGCGCGCGCACACCGAUAAGCCUCCACGGAACAGAGGAACAACGAAAACCUCCAAACCCAGCAGCUCAUCCUCUCCCCACACACACACUGGAGCACUGUCCUGGAUACUGACUGAAUCAUCACUAGCCUGGACUAACAGCAUCUCAUCAGAGAAGUGAAUGAGUUUAGGAAGACUGGUUUGCCAACAUCCACAUCCCUGAACAUCACUCUACCCAGUUUACCCAGUUCAUCUGAGAGGCGCCUGCGCUGUUUAAACGAUGCUAAUGCUAAGUGUGAAACUUUUUUCCAGAAUUUUCCCUUGUCUGCAGAGUUUUAUGCGAUUUACUGAGGAGAUUUACUGUCAGUUAAUCCGGUUUUAGUUUUUUUUAUGUAGAAAAGGCAAAGAAAGACUUUGGAUUUUUAGGAUUUUUAGCUAAACUGACCUUUAACGUUACUGCCGAGAUUUAGUGUCAGUUAAUCUGUUUUGGAGGUUUGUUUAAGUUUAUUUUCUGUGGCUGAAAGCCUUAAAAGACACUGGAUUUCUGAGGUGAUUUAUGUCACAUUAUGUCACACGAAUUUCCAUUGUUUUAUCAAAGUGUAUAGCUUUAGUUUUUGAGAUCACAGAGGAGAUUUUGUGUCAGUUAACCUGUUUUGAGUAUGUUGUGUUGAAAAGCUCAUUAAAGAUGUUGGAUUUGUGAGUAAAUUAGGCGUUUACUAAGUUACGAUAUUUUUUAGCUACUUUGUUACUUGAGUUUAUGUUUAUUAAAUGUUGUGACAUUUAAUGAGGAGAUUUAUUGUCAGUUAAUCUGUUUGGAGUUGUGCUUUUGUGCUUUUUGUGGCGGAAAGCCCAAGAAAAUACAUUGAGUUUCUGAGUUAAUUUAUGUUACACAACUUCUUCCACUUUUUUAACGUUAAAGUUGGAGUUUUUAACGAUAACUGGUGAGAUUUAGUAUCAGUUAAUCUGUUCAGAGUUUUGUUUUUGAGUUUUGAAGUCGAAAAUAGUCGAAAAAAGGCGUAGCGUUUCUGAGGAAAUUAAUGUUACACUGGUAGUUAGCAAUUAGCCGCCUGAUUUGCAGCAGUGCUGAAUCUCGCGCUCAGGUGAUGGACCGCGGGUUUCUUCUCAGUGAUAAACGGACUCACUGGGCUGCGGAGGGGGAUCUGAGCGCGUGCACGCGCUGACCGGAGGAGGCGGUGGGCUUUUAGACGGACUGACUGACUGAUAUCUUUUUAACGGAGGAGAGAGAGAGAAAAGAGAGGGAGAGAAAGAGGAGGAAAAGAGGAGAUCCUCGCCUCUUUAAUAAAUGCGCCCGGUCCCGCGGAGGCUCGCGGCGGAGCGGCACCAUGAGCGCGAGGGUCUGGCUGCUCGCGGCGCUGGCGGCGUGCGCGCUCUGCGGCACAGUGGAGAAUGAUCCUCUCCCUGCAGCUCUGGCUGAGUUGGUGAGAAGCGGCUCCAUCUCCUCUUCAGAAGAACUGCAGCUGCUGCUGCUUUCUGACUCCGUAGACGAUGAUCGAGAGAGUUCCCAUGCCAACAAUACCAACAACCGACUGCCAAGGAGUCUUCUGGCUGCUCAGCCAGCCCAGCAGGCCCUGUGUAAAGUGAGGACAGAGGUCAUGGAGGUCACCCGCUCCAUGCUGGACCGCAGCAAUGCCAACUUCCUGUUAUGGCCUCCAUGUGUAGAAGUUCAGAGAUGCUCAGGAUGCUGCAACACGAAGAGUCUGAAGUGUGUUCCUGUGCUCACUCACACACGUUACCUACAGGUGAUGAAGAUCCAGUACGCGAACAUGCGUCCGGUUUACGAUAAAGCCAUCGUCUCAGUUAAUGAUCAUGUGGAGUGCCGCUGCCAGCCUGCUCCUCGUCCUGCCCCCCGCAGGAAGUCUCCAGCACACAAACAUGAAGUACUACGAGAUCGUUCAGGGAAACCUCGCUCUAAAGACGAGCUUCAUCGCAGAGACGAACUCAAACACAACCAGAGGCUCCGGCUGGAGGAUCUGCUGGACGACAGCUGGCUGCCCAGGGAGAAGCACUCUGAGCUGGAUACACCAGCUGGAUUUCUGCCCACAGAUGGGAAGGAGAUCCACUUUGGACAUUCAGAUGUCUGGAGUCAUAAUAAGACACAUCAUAGUGGACAUAAAGCUGAAUUUGACGGAGACGGAAGGAAACACAAUAGCAGUUCCAACGGUACAAGGGGAGGAGGGUUCCUGGAGAGGCUGACCAUCCCCUUGCCCAAUCACACAGAGAGAAAAGAGACAGAUGGAAGCUUGUCCUUACUUAAUGUUACAAGUUCAGAACAAAGAGAGCAGUUUCACAAGGGAAAAUCAGAGACUCUGAAGAACACCACAGUAUCUGAACACAGCCUAACCACUCAGGGACACGUUCCACUGCACGAGUCCAACCUGAACAAUCAAGUACAAAGGAACACGUCUCUCAAUCAAAAGCACAAUGCACCACCUACAAGGCAAACUCAUGAAACCUAUGGGGUCACUCCUCAUCCCACACAGGAGAAGCAAGGGCAUUCAGAUGACAGACUGAAAGGAAACGAGACCCCAGAGCCAGAUAGAACAGGAGAGACAGAGGAUAAGAAGACCAGUUCUGUCCUGCUGAUGGAGAAAAAGGCUUUAGAAGAGGAGAAAGAGGAGCUGCUGCUGCUCCAUAAACUCCUUGAUGAAGAAAAGCACAAACAUCUGCAGAAAACACAACACAGUGAACAAGAACAUCAGAAGCAUCACCAGAAACACCAGCAUACAUACACAACUACACAGCAUACAAUUACCACAUCAUCUGCUCCAGUUAAAGUCUCUCCACCUCACAAGCCUCCCCAGCCACCUCCUCAACCACCUCGACCGCCUCCGCAACCUCCCAAGAAGAGAAGGAAACACCGUAAUCGCAUCAGCAAGGCCGCCAUGAGGGCCAUGCUAAUGUAGCACCCAAAGACAAGUUAAGGUGCAGUAUCAGCGCAAGAGAGAUGACCUUUCCUGAAUAAUGUCGUUUGUUCGUAUCGUGUUUAUUCAUGGAGAUCCGCCGGCUACACUACUAAUCCUCAUCCAGUAACCCUGUUCCUGGGAGAAGCCGUGUUUGGUGGACAUCUGGGAAUUGAGCUGCUUUUUCCCAUGACAAAACAGCGACACUGUGGAGGAGGAGGAUACAGAAUAGUGCAGCAACUGUACUCUAAUGUCCUUCUGCCCUGCUCCCAGGUGGAAACAUGAUGUCACCCUGUGAAACUGUGCAACUGAGGGGCUGGUUGAGGAAUGCGUCUUACAGCUCUGAUAGAAAAAGGAAAUGAAAAGAUUUCCUUAAUGGGAAAUGUUCUGCCUCUCUGCAUCUCUUUUAAGACAAAAGAAAAGCUUUCUGGAAUUGAGAAGAUGAUCUAGAAGUAGUCGGAAAUGGAGCCGACAGGUCUGGAAGCUCUGCAGUGCAAGAGACUGGUCUGAAAUUUCUUUAAAAUGUAAGAGAAUGGUCUAGAAGUGGUCUAAAAUGGAAAAGACUGGUCUAGAAUCUCUUUGCAAUGGAGCAGACUGGUCUAGAGGCUCUAUAAAAUGUUGAAAUGCAGCAGGCUGGUCUAGAAUCUCUCUGGAACAGUAAGGCAUUUUAAUUUAGAAGUUUUCCAGUAUAGGAUGACGGGUCUAGAAACUUUCUGGAGAGAAAAUAUCUUUACAAAAUCUCCCUGGAAUUAAAAGACUGGUUUAUAAACUUUCUGGAACAAAAAGAUGGUCUAGACGCUCUUUGAGAUAGGAAGUAUUAGAAAAGAACCACUGAAUAAUGAGUGGUCUCCAAGCUUUCUGGACUGAAACAACUGAUCUAGAAUCUCUCUUGGACAAGAGAGGCCAGCCUGAAAGCUGUAUGUGAUGGAUGAGACUGGUCUAAGAGCUCUCUUAAGAUGGAAAACACUGGUAUAACAGCGAUCUGAAAUGGAAAUACAAUUGAAGAUUCUAUACACAUGCCCUAACUUGUCAGAUAGCCAUUGUUAACCAGCUGUAACUAGGUUGGUUAUUUAAUUUCAUAUUUAGGGUGGAAAACAGCUUCACGGAAUCACUUCACUCACAAGAUGUAAGCUAGCAGAAGAGCGUUUGCAUUUUCCAUUUUUUAAGAACUGAAGAGUAAGGAAAGGCAGGCAAGGGCAGGAGAUAGUGACACAGCAUAGCCAACAGACGCUAAAGUGUACCAUUUAAAGUAUAUAACAAUAUUUCCACCAUUCCCAGCGUUUCAGACUCUCUAUCAUGCAGUAUUGAACCAUUUACAACCACUAAAUAGUUUCACCUUCUGUACAUAAUCCCGAACACCAUACUGUUUUACUUUAUUUUUUUAAUGUAAUGUUCAUCUUAUUUAAUUUGACUGUUAACACUGGAAAUUCACAAAGAACAGAUAAAGCGUUUGCAGCUCCGUUGUAUUAAUUCCGACAUCUAUAAAUAUGAAGGUGCUACAUCAUGCUAAAAAAAAAAAAAUCAGCUUCACUAUUAAUAUUAUUUAUUCUUUUUCAGCUCUCUUUAUUGUAAGUUUCUAUUCCUAUUUCUGUGUAUUUGUUUGGGAUGCAUUCUGACAAAUGUGUGUGUGUGUGGUUUAGUAAGAGUUGAGAUGUGUAUGUGUGUCUGUCUCCCAGUGUGGCGAUGUUUGCACCAGAUCUUCCCACCAAGAUAAAAUAAAACACUAAAACUUACCUGAGAAAAUCAUUUUUGAAAUCUGAUAUUUGCUUUUGUUGACUGUUUUUUUUAAGAAGUCAUGCAGUGUGUUGACGCUGCGAAACAAGCUACAAAUGAAUUUUUAAAUGGUUUAUGUGAACUGAGUGUUACAUAAUUUGAAUGGCUCUAGGACAAUUAAAAAUAUAUAUUUUUUUAGGAAAACUGUAGAACAUUAUAUUCGAUCAUUUUGCCUUUUUUCAGUUUGUUUCCUCAGCUUUCAUACAGUAAUUUCCUUUUAAAAUAAAGAUUACACUGUAUGUAUUAAGGAGAAAAGGGUAAAACAACCGAAUAAGGAUUUAUAUAAGUAAUAAAUAUAGUAAUUUAAUUGAAAAAAGGUUGACUGUAAGUUGUAAUGCUUGUUAAUGGACUUAUUAUAGUUUUUUUUUUUACUGCUAAGAAGCAUAUGCCUGUACUUUACAUUAGGGCUGCAACUAAUGAUUUUUGAUAUUUUGUUAGUUGACUAAUCUGAUUAUUUUUUCAAGUUUUUAUUUUUAGUCGAUUAGUCAACGAUGAUUUCUGUCAUGUCCUCCAUCUCUAAAAAUGAUAGGAACAGCUGAACAUGAGAUUCAAAAGGCAUUUAAAUGUCUGGGUGUUGUUUAAAUGUGGAAAGUACUGAUAUUUAAUAAGUAAAUAUGUAAUCUGUUGUGUUUGGGCACUUUUACAGUACUUACACUUUUACACUUUUUUUACACUUUUGGAGUACUGUUACAAAUUAUCCAGUAAAUAUUUUUAGGUCCUUUUUUUUAAAUCUCGAUUUUAUUCAUAUUGUCCAAUAAGAACCAAGUCAACUACAAGCAAAACUAUUUAAUUUUGUAAAUUAAAGCAAAAGGUAUUUGAAACAUCUGGCAAAAGCCUUUGUCUAAACCCAGCAUGAAUUGUGUGAUGAGACUAGAUACCACUGGCUAUGAAGAACCAAUGCGAUUCUUUUUUUUUACACAAGCAAAAUAUUUCUUAGUGUUUCCCCUAUGUGUGUGUGUGUGUGUGUGUGUGUAUGUGCACCACAGCGUGGCAUGUUUGUUUGUCUGGUUUUCUGCUGUUUACUUUGUCUUGAGUGGUCUACCGUUCUCUCUCAGUCUAAAUAAAUGUCUUUUCCUUUUU